ACCGGCUGGAGUCAGCUCAUUAGCCUAGAGGUACCAAUAUGGCGGAGGCUUCCUUUGGAAGUUCGAGCCCAGUCGGCUCUUUGUCUUCGGAAGAUCAUGACUUUGACCCGACAGCUGAGAUGCUGGUUCAUGAGUACGAUGAUGAGCGGACUUUAGAGGAAGAGGAGCUGCAGGAAGGCGAGAGGAACUUCAGUGCUGAAAUAGCAGAUCUGGAGAAGGAGGGCAGCAUGCCGUUGGAGGAGCUGUUGGCCAUUUACCGGUAUGAAGCAUCAGUCAGUACAGCGGCUGGGUCCAGCAUGGAUAGCUCAUCAGGCGAACUGACAGACGAGUUGCCUGAUAUGACACUGGACAAGGAGGAAAUCGCAAAAGACCUGCUGUCUGGGGACUAUGAGGAAGAGACACAGUCAUCAGCAGAUGAUUUGACUCCCUCAGUGACAUCCCACGAAGCCACAGACUUCUUCCCCAGAACGCUUCGAUCCAAUACCAUUUAUGAUGGUGAUAAGGAGUCCGAAGGGGAGGAGGAUGGCGUUAGUCCAGAAGAUUCUAGGAAGGAGAUAAUGGUGGGCUCCGAGUACCAGGCGGAGGUCCCUACGUGCCUCUGCAGCUAUGGGGAGAAUGAAAGGGCAUAUGAGGGUGAGGACCAGUUGCUGUGGAGUCCAGGUGUUCUACCAGAGAAUAAGGUGAGAGAUUUCCUGUACGCAACAUCUCUACGGACUGCAGAGGGGAAGGCCUCAGGAGCCGCGCCUGGAGUUCACGUUCAAGACAAUGAGCAGGCUUUGUAUGAACUCCUGAAGUGCAACUACAAUACCCAAGAUGCACUUGAAAGGUGUCGCAGCAAUGCAAAAUCUUCAAAGGAAGAGAGUCUUCCGUGGUCAGAGGAAGAGUGUAGAAACUUUGAACACGCCCUUCAGAUAUACGACAAGAACUUCCACCUCAUACAGAAACACAAAGUGAAAACGAGGACUGUGGCUGAAUGCGUCGCCUUCUACUACAUGUGGAAGAAGUCUGAGCGUUUCGACUACUUCGUCCAGCAGAACCGCUUUGGGAAGAAGAAAUACAGCAGCUACCCUGGUGUAACGGACCUGAUGGAUAGGCUGGUGGACGAGGCGGAGGGUCUGGCUGUGGAUGGAGCAGCUUCCGUGUGCUCCGGCGGCGGGCGCUUGGAACCUUCCGCAGACCAGCAGCUUAGCCUGCUCAACUCCAUCACCGCCAGCGACCUCACUGCACUGAGCAGCAGUGUGGCCACAGUGUGUGGCCCAGCAGACUCCUACGGCUUCCCCCCGCUGGAGAGCCUGCACCAGGGCUCCCUGGGCCGGGACGAGCCCCUGAGCUUCGCACCCAACGGUGACUCGGACUGCCUGAACAUGCUGGACGCCGGCUUCUACCACGCGCACUCGGACCUGAGCUCCAUGGCGGUGCGUGGCAAAGACCGCGAGCGGCCGGCUGCGCGGCUCAAGAUGGGCCUGUCUGAGCCCUUCGUCAGCAACGUCUCCGUCAGCGACCUGGCCGUGGACUUCGAGACCCGCGCGCACCGCAUCGCCAGUGCCAAGAUGGCCGUGUCUGUGACAGACUUCGGGGGCCUCUCCGGCAGCGAGCCCAAUGGCUUCCUCAGCGCACGCUCUCUGCACCAGCAGCACACAGCGCUGCAGUCGGAGUGACCACACUUCUCAUCAC